ACAAGCUCAACAUCCACGUCAACCUCAUCAACUUCUACAAGUUCAACGUCAACAUCUACAUCGACAUCCACAUCAACCACAACCAAAACAACAUCAACAACAUCAACAUCCACAUCGACAUCGACAUCUACAAGUUCAACAUCCACAUCAACAUCAACGUCAACAUCCACAUCAACCACAAGUAAAACAACAUCAACAACAUCCACAUCAACAUCAAGCACAAGUACAACAUCUAAAAGUGACUACAACAACAACAUCUGUUGCACUACCAUCACAAUGCUUCAGUUAUACAUCAAUUACAGAUGCUACUCGACUUAUGACGUAUGGAGUCGCGACUAGUCAAUGUGAUUAUUAUUAUUUUUUGUCCACACCAGUAUGGGUUCGUUUCUCAGGUGCUGGUGGCACAAUGUUAGCUAAUUAUUAUACAAGUAUAUAUAGAUGCAAUACUGAUGCUCCUGGAUGGUAUACUGGUAGUCUUCCAGCAGUCGGUAGUACUGUUACUGGUACUGUGUGCUACUAUUGGGCUAGUAAUUCCUGUAAUUGGUCAAAUUCAGUUUCUGUAACUAAUUGUAAUGGUUACUAUGUUUAUGAUCUGAUAAGGCCAACCGUAUGCAACUUACGAUACUGUACAAUGUAA